AUGGUGGUUCCAGAAAGCGCCAGUCUGGUCGCCCAGACUGAUAAUGGCAGUCCCCCUGGCAUAGAGGGCUCCAAGCUGGGAUGCAAGGAAGAGGUGGAGGGGACUCAAGACCUAGCGGGGGUGGAACUGGAGGAGGUCCGAAAGUUGCAAGAACUUGUUCAUAGACUGGAGGUGCAGAAUGAGACGCUGCGCAACAGGGGAGCCAAACACAUUAUCAAUCGAGGAGCCAGUGGCGAGGGCAGAGACUUGGAGCUGUCACCCCCUCUGGAAAGCUUCAGUGGCAACAUGUCCCCACUCCCAGGGACCAUCAGGCCUGGGGAGGACGAGGAUGAAGAUGCGGCUGAAGAUGUCGGGCCGUGCAGCGGCUUCCUCACGUUGACCUGUAGCGGAGGGCCAAGACAAGGCCAAAGCCAGACGCCGGACAGCCCGUCUCAGGAGAGCUAUGAGUCCGAGACGCUUGCAGAGAGCGAUUCGGGGAUGGAGCAAUCGGCUUUUGAUGAGGUGGACAUUCUUGAUUUGGAAGAUGAGUGUGCUGAAGUGGAAGAUGAGGACAGUUGGUUGUACGUAUCACCUAAAAAACAAGUAUCAGACGCAGUCCCUGAGUCUCCCCUGAAGUGGUGUCGGCAGGUUUUGGAGCAACGCAGCCCAGAGACGGAGAAGGCAUGUCGGACACUCAUGAGUCGUUUGGACCAGACAUCCCGGUGGAGGAACAUGUACAGCAGCCCAUCAGCAGAGGCAGGCUCAGCAGGCUCAGGCCUGAUCUCUCCUGGGUACCACAAAUCAACUAACAAAUCUCUACUAACCUGUGGCAGCUCAGGUGUCUCUGGUGUGCCCUCAACCAUGAGUUCUCAGUCUUCUAUAGAUAGCGAGCUCAGUACUUCAGAUGACUCCAUCUCCAUGGGUUAUAAACUGCAAGAUCUUACUGAUGUCCAGAUCAUGGCUCGUUUACAAGAAGAGAGUCUGAGACAGGAUUACGCUUCCAGUUCAGCAUCUGCAUCACGCCGCAGUUCCACAACAUCCCUUCAGUCCCUUCGCCGGGGCGGCACCUACAGCGACCAGGAAUUUGAUAAUUAUAGCCUGGAAGAUGAAGAGGAUGAAUUCAGCCCUGUCCCCCAGCAACGCCACCGCUUCACUCCUUCUCCCUUGGGAUCACCUCGAUGUUUGUCGCCCUCCACGUCCAAUCACGGUCAGGAGCACAGUAGCAGACUCGGAGCCCCUCGCACAAGAACACCCAGACGAUCUCUACAAGGCCCGAGUGCAGAGCUUCUCAAAUUUGCCAAGAGUGAAGAAGAGUUGAGGCACAGCAUGCCUAAUCUGGCCCCUCGCACCAGCCUACGUUCACUGGAGGCAGUCAGAAACAGCCGCAGCAUGGAGGCUAACCUCCAGAGCUCUGGCAAUCGCAUGUCCCAUUUGACUCCCUCCCCCUCCUCAGGUAUGGCUGCUAGUCGACUGCGCAGCAACGGCCAAUCUCCUCUUUCCCUCCGGGCUCCAGUAAAAGCUGUCACCCCCGUGGGCUCUAUGGCAUCUCGUCACCCGUCCAGAGGUCUCCCUGUUAUCCAAGCACCCCCUGCUUCAGGGGCUCGUCGGGUCCAGCCUGCUGCAUCUGCUAAUGGUGGAUCCUAUAUACCAGGAAGAGCCUCCACUGGCGUAGGGCGGACAGCUGUGGGCCGAGGACAGUCCGUACCCACCAGAAGUAAACUAUCACAACCAGCCAGAAGGUCGUUGGGCAUGGCUAGAAUUUCCGAUGAAUCCUGGAAAGAUGGCUGCUACUGA